GGCGGCGAGCCGGCAGAGCUGGGGACCUGCCAGCCAGGGAGGUGGAGGACCGGCCCCUUCUCUUAGGACCGCCUACGGCGCAUGCUCUGCAGGGUUAAGUGGCUGGCUGGCGAGCGGCGGCUCUGGGUCGGGGCGGAGUCUCCGGGGCACUUCCCGGCGGCUGACUGCUCUGAUUGGCUGAACAAAUAGCCUGAGGGUGGUGGGCACCCGCCCUCCCGCCAAGGCCGACCAGGCCUUCUGCAGGUGCCCUAUCCGCACCCUCACUCCUGCCCCUGCGACCUGGCACUGCGACUCGAGACAGCGGCCCGGGAGGACGGCUCCAGAAUGAAAAUGUGGCCCUUGGGGUUGGUGGUCUGUUUGGUUCUCUGGACCCUGCAUUCUGAGGGGUCUGGAGGGAAACUGACAGCUGUGGAUCCUGAAACAAAGAUGAAUGUGAGUGAAAUUAUCUCUUACUGGGGAUUCCCUAGUGAGGAAUACCUAGUUGAGACAGAAGAUGGGUAUAUUCUGUGCCUUAACCGAAUUCCUCAUGGGAGGAAGAACCAUUCUGACAAAGGUCCCAAACCAGUUGUCUUCCUGCAACAUGGCUUGCUGGCGGAUUCUAGUAACUGGGUCACAAACCUUGCCAACAGCAGCCUGGGCUUCAUUCUUGCUGAUGCUGGUUUUGAUGUGUGGAUGGGCAACAGCAGAGGAAAUACCUGGUCUCGGAAACAUAAGACACUCUCAGUUUCUCAGGAUGAAUUCUGGGCUUUCAGUUAUGAUGAGAUGGCAAAAUAUGACCUACCAGCUUCUAUUAGCUUCAUUUUGAAUAAAACUGGCCAAGAACAAGUGUAUUAUGUGGGUCAUUCUCAAGGCACCACCAUAGGUUUUAUAGCAUUUUCACAGAUACCUGAGCUGGCCAAAAGGAUUAAAAUGUUUUUUGCCCUGGCUCCUGUGGCUUCCGUGGACUUCUGUACUAGCCCACUGGCCAAAUUAGGACGUUUUCCAGAUCUUCUCAUUAAGGACUUAUUUGGAGACAAAGAAUUUCUUCCCCAGAGUGCAUUUUUGAAGUGGCUGGGUACCCAUGUUUGCACUCAUGUCAUACUGAAGGAGCUCUGUGGAAAUCUCUUUUUUCUUCUGUGUGGAUUUAAUGAGAGAAAUUUAAAUAUGUCUCGAGUGGAUGUGUAUACAACCCAUUCUCCUGCUGGAACUUCUGUGCAGAACAUGUUACACUGGAGCCAGGCUGUUAAAUUCCAAAAGUUUCAAGCCUUUGACUGGGGAAGCAGUGCCAAGAAUUAUUUUCAUUACAACCAGAGUUACCCUCCCAUGUACAAUGUGAAGGACAUGCUUGUGCCGACUGCAGUCUGGAGUGGGGGUCAUGACUGGCUUGCAGAUGUCUACGACAUCAAUAUCUUACUGACUCAGAUCACCAACUUGGUGUCCCAUGAGAGCAUUCCAGAGUGGGAGCAUCUUGACUUCAUCUGGGGCCUGGAUGCCCCUUGGCGGCUAUAUAAUAAAAUUAUUAAUCUAAUGAGGAAACAUCAGUGAAAGCUGGACUUGAGCUGUGUACCAUCAAGUCAGUGAGUACAUCAUGUGAAAAUGUGUUUGCUUAAUUUCUGUAAAACACUUGUUUUCCUUUCCCAGGUCUUUUGUAUUUUCAUACCUAAGAAAAUGAUAACUUUGAAGAUGCCCUCUUCUCUGUAGUUACAAUUAGAAACACACUAGCUGGUUUUUUUUCUUUAAUUAGGGCUGGAAUAGGAAGCUAGUGUCUCAACCAUGGUGUUGUCUCUUUAAGUCUUUUAAAUAUCAUUAAUGUGUGAAAAGGUUAUUAUAUCCAUUCUGUUCUUAAAAUUUUAAAUAUACUAUAUUGACUUUUUUGCCCUUCAUAGGACAAAUUAAUAGGUAUGUUGGAAUUUUUAAAUUGUGUUGUCAUUGGUAAAUCUGUCACUGACUUGAGUUAGGUAUAAAAGUACACAGUUUUCAUGUCCUUGCCUUAAAGGGCUCUCUAGUCUAAUGGCCUUGUAGUUAGAGAUCUAAAUGACAUUUGAUCAUGUUUUCUGGCAGUAGGUGCAUAGUCAAAUCUAGAAAUAUCACAGCUGUGCCAGUAACAAAGAUUCUACAAUGAAUUUUAUCAAACCUAACUGUGACAGCUGUGAUUUGACACGUUUUAAUUGCUCAGGUUACAUGAAAUAAUCUUCUGGAGUCUUCAAAAACAAAUUGCACUGAUUAAAAAAAUAUAUAUAUAUGUUUUAAAUACUUGAAGACUGAUACAUUCAACCAUCUAUAUCCAUGAACUCCAGAUUUCAUGCCAGGCCAUAAUUCUACUUAUUCGAGAAGCAAAUCCCUGUGGAGACUAUAUCACUGUUUUUUCCCCUGAGAUUAAUAUACUCUUGGAAUCAGCUACUGUCAUUAUUGAUCAUAUCUGUAUGAAGCCAAAGUCUGUGGUUGCCCAUGAGAAGUGUCCUAGUUCAUUUUCACCCAAAUGAAGUGUGAAUAUGAUGUUUUUGGAUGAAUGCUCAGCUCAGGGAUUCAUUUUAUGUCUUAGUUUUAUAUGUGUCUUUAUUUUGAAUACACCUGCUUCACGUCCCUGUGUUGGGAAGUCCAUAUUUUUAUGCUUUUCUUGUAGCAUUGUUUUUUACAGUAUUGUCCAGUGGACAAAAUGACAAUUGAUAUGUUUUUCUGAUAUAGUUACUUUAGCUGCAGUAACAAUACAGUGCUUGGUAUUGGCUAAUAGAAGCAGGCAGAAUACUACUUUGUAAUGUUUAAAGUCUUACUUAAACUUUUCAAUAAAACUGAAUGAGCCUCAUAGGCCCAAAGAAUUGUGUGUAUGUUUUUUCUCUUUUAUUUAAUAGACAUUCAAUUCUUCCCUUUCUCUCUUGGCAGGACUUGGAACUCUUCUUUAAAAUAAUGUGUUUACUUGGGAAAUGAAGGGCUACCAAGUAACAAUGAGAGCGACUUUUUAAAAAAUCAUGUUUUUGUUUGCCACAAGAGGGCACUCUUGGCUUUGCUUGCAAAUCUUCCCAUGCCCCCUUCCCUCACUACUUUUUCUGAGAUUUUCUCCAGUGUCUUCCUCUAGGGAAGGUAGAGAACUUUGCUGCAUUAUGAGCCAGUUGGUAAUUUGAUGGCCAGCCAUGGUUGUAUUUCUGUUCAGGAGUAUGAUUACUUCUUGCCUAGCGGAUAACAUCUGGAAGACAUUCUCAAGGAAUAGCUGCCCCUCAAAUGUAAACUGAAAAUAAAAGUUUGCUUAAUAGGUAAAUGACUGAUCAGAACUUCAGAUGUGGUUGGGGGAUGGGUGGCAGGAGGAAAAGGUUUUAACUCAGGCCUCACACGUAUAUAGGACUGAAAUUUAUACUAGUGACAUCCCCAAAUAAUGAUUAUUUUGUGUUUGUAGGUAUUAAAAGUGUUAAUUUGUUAAAUGUAAACAUUAAAAAAUAUGCUGUAA